GUGUCAUUACUUGGUUUUAACCAGGAAGUAAUGUGUUUUUUACCUUCUGCACAUGCGCAAAAGGUCUUCCGAACCUGUAAGGUAGAUCCUUGCACGGAAACCCAGCUAUCGGUAUUGUCGGAGGCGGAGCAAAACGGGCUGGAUCUUCCCACUGCCUGUCUGUCCGGCUGCCCCUGUGUUUGCCAUCAACAGAACCCGGGCAUGGUUUUGGUUUGGGUUCCGGCAACGUCCCGGCUGCAGGAUGCGGAGAACGGGCUGGCGUCUGACCUAUCAUCCUCUGCCGACGAAGGGGGAGCCUCCUUCCAAAAAUUCCUGGGGAUCGGUGCCUCGCCUGCCCAGCCUUCCUCCAUCGCAGCGGGCAGGAUCCCGAAAUCUCGCCGCUCCUCCCGAAGCAAAAAGCCCCUGGACUCUCCGCCGUCCACCAACGGGCACCCCGAAGGAGGGGUCGUGCUGACCAGCUACCGUUCCACGGCUGAGCCCCUUCCCUUACGCUGCCCGCCUUUGAUGCCCAAGCCGCCCCGUCGCAACAAAGGGGGCGGCUCUGUCUCCCUGGAUGGCGAGCUCCUACCUCCGGCCAUCCCACCCAAAGCCCCCACGAAACCGCCGCGCAGCUCCUUGGGACCCUCGGCUCGCGGAGUUCCCUCCAAUACCCGCUUGAGAUGA